CUUGAGACAGGGUGGAAAAAUAUUUGAAAUAGGGAUAUAUAGGUUAUCUCGUGUAACAAAUCAAUGCUCCAUAAACUCUCAUUUUAUAGCUGAUGAGAGUUUAAGGAGCAUUGAUGGGGUGCGCAGGAAAGUCUUGAGUACUCCAGAGGUUGUGUGUUUAUAGUGAAUAGGUGCUUGAAGCAGUCUUAACAGAAACUAUUUUUAGUUAUGAAUUUUAAUACUUUCAAAGAGUUUGCAUCUCUGAUUGAAGUAUCCAUACAGCUUACUUUGGGUUUUCUUGAAUUCAGGCUUAACUAAUUAUUUAUUAAUUUAUUUAUUUUGGUUGCGGUUGAUAAUAUUCUAUGCAUGAGAAUGAUGAGAUAAUUUUCUUAGAAUGAGACUCUUUUCCUUCAUAUUAUUUUUCCUUGAGGGAAAUCUGAUUCAACACUUCUCUAGGGAGAUUGCAUGCAAUUCAAUAUUUUCAUUACCAGUUUGGUUGAGUUGGUUAAUUAAAGUAAAGCUACCUUUAUUUCGUAACCCGGUGUACACUUCAUCGAAUGCACAUUCCAAACACAUUAGGAUGUUUAUGGCCGCUUUUAAUAAUGAUUCAAUAUCAGCCGAAGCACUGCUCGUUCAAUGACAAUCCUGUUGAUGAAGUUGUUGUUGGUCCCAUUUGGAAGGAACUUUUCGAGAAAGAACAGGACGAUCUCCCUAUCGACUUGAUGGAUAUUCCAAAGAAAGCUUGUGAGCGUCAGUAUGCUCACCAUCUUGUACUUGGCCAAAUUGCUGUGAGUCCUCUUUGUUGGCUUUUGGUCUGGCCCAAUAGCUGCGAGUCCGUAGCUGCCAAAAUUCACGCCUACAUAAUUAACCAUCUCAAGAUGGGAGAUGCUGACUAAGAUGGGCAAAACUAACCCAACAGCAACUUCCACAAGCUCGAAGAAGAGUUUGCAAAGGUCUCAACCUCCCUUUAUGUUCUCUAUUUCCUAGUGUGAUUGCGCUAACCAUUAGGGAGUUUCAUCUACCAGCUCGUGGCGAUUAAGUUUCCCGCGUGGAGCACUUUAGGGAAGGUUUAGAGUGGUUAAGCAUUAAUAAGUCUGAGAAAUUGAAGCCAAAAAUGGUAGAAGUUGUACGAGACAUGCUUGGCUAUGAUUUUCCUUCAGCUGUUGAAGAAUUUUAGAAAUCCA